UUUGAAACAUUGCACACUCAAGAGCACACUAGUUUAAUUCCGACCAUGGGUGGCAGCAAACAUGGAGCACUUUAUAGCAAAUACUGCAUUUGAAAACGCACCUAAUCAUUGGAAAAUCGUUGUAGAUUGUCGGAUUAGGGUCCAGCAUGAUCCGAUCUGCCGUUGAUUGGCAGUUCACUACGGAACGUUCGAACGAUUCGAGCCUCAGUUUGGAGAAUGGUCCAUUUUGGUCAGCUGGUAAGAUGCUAGGGGGAUCCAGCUCAAUAAAUGCAAUGAUGUACAUUCGAGGCAACCAAGAUGACUACAAUGAAUGGGCAGGCUUGGGCAAUCCUGGCUGGGCGUGGAAGGAUGUAUUGGACUACUUUAUCAAAUCUGAGGACAACAGUGAUCCGGAGACUGUUGCUGGUUAUGGAGGAAAGUAUCAUGGCGUUGGAGGUUAUUUAAGCGUAGAGUAUUAUGGGGAGAAGAAUGUGUACAAUGAAUUACUAAAGCAAGCGACGAUAGACGCAGGGUAUAAGCAGUUGUUGGACUUAAACGGAGAAGAACACAUCGGGUACGGUAGGCUUCAGCUAACGGCAGAAGGAGCAACGCGUGUUAGUACCGCCAAGGCCUUUCUGAAUCCUAUUAAAAAUCGGAAAAACUUACAUGUAAUCAAAAAUGCAUUUGUUGUGUCUUUACAUUAUGAAUCAGAGAAUAUAGUGCGAGGCGUUAAUAUGAUCAUUGAUAACCGAUUCUCUUUGAGGGCCAUUGCAUCGAAGGAAGUUAUCUUGUCGGCAGGUGCGAUAAACACUCCUCAGCUGUUGAUGUUGUCUGGUAUUGGGAGGCGCGAGGAUUUAGAACCAAAUGGCAUACCAGUGCGAGCGGAAUUAAACGUUGGAGGAAAUCUUCAAAACCAUGUGAUUGUGCCGAUAUUCUUUGGAAUAAGAAAGUCGAUUUCUAAUAUUACAGAAAUAAGAAAAGAGACGCUCAAAAAGUUAUUCGAUUUUUCCCUACGCAAUAGAGAUACGUUUAUCUAUCUUAGUAGAACCGAGGCCUUCAUGGGUUUUGCAAACACGGAACAAACAAAUGCUGAAUUUCCAAAUGUGCAAUUCGUCAAUAUGUUUAUCCCUAAAGAUGAUAUUGAUUCGGUACAACCUUAUGCAGAAAUGGGAUACAAAAAGCAUGUCCUGCACUCAAUCAAAACUCAUAUUCAAGAACAAGAUGUAGCAAUAGUAUGGGUGAUUCACAUCGAUCCAAAAUCUCGCGGACGGCUUCGAAUCAAAUCAAACAACCCGUACCAUCAUCCAUCGAUUAGAACGGGUGUUUUCAGCGAUCCGAAUGAUCUACGCGUGCUUCGCGAAGGCGUUCGGAUGCAGCAAAAACUGUUCAGUACGGAGAUUUUCCAAAUCCAUCUAACAAACAUGUUGAGAAUUGAUCUACCAGAGUGUGAAGUGUGGGAGUACAACUCGGACGAUUUCUGGGAAUGCUACAUCAGACACAUGAGCACGACUGUUCAUCACUAUAGUGGUACUGCCAAAAUGGGACCAUGGAGCGAUCCGGAAGCGGUCGUUGACUCACAGUUGAAAGUUUACGGAAUCGAACGUUUGCGGGUUGUCGAUGCUAGCGUGAUGCCGACUGUAACUAGCGGGAAUACCAAUGCUCCCGUCAUAAUGAUCGCCGAAAAAGGCUCUGAUAUGAUAAAGAAUACGUAUCUGUGAAUGUUGA